GAAAAAUAAGAUUGUGGCCUUGUUAACAUUUUCUACGCCUCUACUUUAUACCAGAAUAAGUAUCUUCCCAGAAAGUGAUUUUGAUUCGUUCCAUGGCUUUUAUUGUCUACUGGGGUGUAGUAAAAAAGAGAGAAAGGGGAAAAAAGAAGACAGACUUGGUUGGAAAAAAUUGCUCCUUCUUGUUGCAGAGAAUAAAAGGUACCAAGGAGAGGGGCCUCAUUCUCCCUCAAAAAUCAAACUUGUCCACUAUCAAAGAAAUCCUUAAAAGCUAAUCUUUGACUUUAUCAAGCAAAUACAAUUGCUUCGUUUUGGUUUCACUUGAUAAAUCAAUCAAUAAUUAUGCCUCAAUUCCAAAUUAGUUGUAUCAACUUUAUAAUUCAUCUAUAUCUAUUCAUUUAAAAGAUUCGUUGGAAUUAGAUUAUUUUUACGUUAUCAAUCAACCUACUGUUUCCGUGAUAAUUUAGAUUAAAUUCUCUGUACACAGGCAUCCCAAGCAAGCAUAAAUAUAUGAGCUAGCUCACACUCAACUCAUUAAGGUUCUUCAGAAUUUCUCUUUUGGAACCAAACUAAAACAUGAUGAACAGCACCAGUAUAAAACCCCCGAGGACAUCAGGGACAUCUAUGGUAGCAAUGAAAAGAUUGAAUAAUACCUCUUCGUUCUCGUUGGCACAAGCUCCACUCUCAGCUGUCUCUGCUCAUUCCUCAGCUGCAAAGACCAAGGGUGGUAACCAGCCAUCUCCCACUCCAACCUACAUAGAGUUCCCAACAUCACCCCAGCCACCUGAUGAUCACACUGGGUAUCAUGCUAAUCAUAAUGGAACAAUUGUUCAUCAUACUCACUCAAAGCACCCGCUUGCAGAGAUUACUCUCUCAGAACUAUUUACCUGUUCAGGUUGCAAGGAGUUUGGCAUUGGCCGUAGGUAUGCAUGCCAAGAUUGUGAUUUUCAGCUUCAUCACUUCUGUGCCUUAUCUCCACCUUCUCUUAAGGCUCAUCCUUUCCAUGGCCAGCACCAACUCGUCUUCCAUGCUAAACCUAAACAAGUUAAAGCUGGAAUAGCGUGGCCAAGGUGUGAUGUCUGCUGCAAGUCCACCAAAGGAUUCACAUUUAGAUGCAGAGUCAACUCCUGUAAUUUCCAGAUGCAUCCUUGUUGUGCCAUGCUUUCCACCGAGAUUAAAUUUCCCAAUCAUCCGCACCUACUAAAAGUCUUACCCCCAGGAAACACUUUGCCAGGUGGCGCUGGUGGUGGUAAUGAUCAAUCAGGAAUGGUAUGUGGUGAGUGCAAGAAGAAAAGGUCAUCAGGUCGAGUGUACAGCUGCACAGGCUGUGACUACUAUCUUCAUGCACUGUGUGCCAAGUCCAUGAUCAAUGGCCUCCAAGAAUAUGGAAUCAAGCCUCCUGAAAAGCCCAAUAUGCUUGGGACUGCAGCUCGUCUCGCUUCUCAGGUUGUUAUUGAAUUUAUUGGCGGUCUUAUUGAAGGAUUUGGAGAAGGGGUCGGAGAGGUUCUGGUUCAGAAUAUUGGGAGAGGAAGAAGAAGCAGUAACAGAAGAAGAAUUGGAUGAAGCAAACUUCAAUGCACAGGGAGCACCAUCCCCUCCCAAUUAAUAUUUCCAAACCCCUUCCCCUCCAUUUUCUUUCACUCUCGACAAAGUGAAACAAAAUGCUAAUUAAUUAUUCCUUAUUAUUAUUCUUAAA